AUGCGGCUCUGCGGGGCGCUGCUCAAGAGCGCCGUGCCCAAGCAGAUCGAGUACUACUCGCGCUUCUCCCCCUCGCCGCUCUCCAUCAAGCAGUUCCUCGACUUCGGUCGUGAUAAUGCCUGUGAGAAGACUUCCUACAUGUUUCUGCGGAAAGAACUUCCCGUGCGACUAGCGAACACCAUGCGAGAAGUCAAUUUGUUGCCUGAUAACUUGCUUAACAGGCCUUCAGUUGGGCUAGUACAGAGUUGGUACAUGCAGAGCUUCCUUGAGCUUUUAGAAUAUGAAAAUAAAAGUCCUGAGGAUCCUCAUGUUUUGGAUGACUUUUUAGACGUUUUAAUUAAAGUCAGGAACAGACACAAUGAUGUGGUUCCGACCAUGGCGCAAGGGGUGAUUGAAUACAAGGAAAAAUAUGGCUUUGAUCCGUUUGUUAGCAGUAACAUCCAGUAUUUUCUAGAUAGAUUCUACACCAACCGCAUCUCUUUCCGUAUGCUUAUUAACCAACACACACUUCUUUUUGGAGGUGAUAUUAAUCCUGCUCAUCCCAAACAUAUUGGAAGUAUUGAUCCUAACUGUAACGUGGCUGAGGUGGUUAAAGAUGCUUAUGAAACAGCCAAGAUGUUAUGUGAGCAGUACUAUAUGGUUGCACCAGAUCUGGAAGUUGAAGAAUUCAAUGCUAAAGCUCCAAACAAGCCUAUCCAAGUAGUUUAUGUACCAUCUCAUCUGUUUCACAUGCUGUUUGAAUUAUUCAAGAACUCGAUGAGAGCUACGGUAGAAUUGCACGAAGGUAAGAAAGAAGCUUAUCCAUCAAUCAAAACCUUAGUCACUUUGGGGAAAGAAGAUCUAUCUAUUAAGAUAAGUGACCACGGCGGAGGCGUACCUUUGAGAAAGAUAGACAGAUUGUUCAACUACAUGUACUCCACAGCACCCAGGCCUAGUUUGGAGCCAACGAGAGCUGUGCCUUUGGCUGGAUUUGGCUAUGGUUUGCCAAUUUCUCGUCUCUAUGCCAGGUAUUUUCAAGGUGACCUUAAACUCUACUCAAUGGAAGGAGUUGGCUCAGAUGCUGUAAUUUAUUUGAAGGCCCUUUCAAGUGAAUCAUUUGAAAGACUUCCAGUUUUUAAUAAGUCAGCGUGGCGACACUACAAGACCACCCCUGAAGCAGAUGACUGGAGCAAUCCUAGCAGUGAGCCAAGGGAUGCUUCUAAGUACAAAGCUAACCGAUAACUUCCCCCUUUGGUGUCUCCUGAGGAUGACCUCUGCAUUCAGUAUGAAGUUUCUGCUUUCUUCCCAAAUCCUUAAACCACAGUAGCCAACUACUUCCAAACAAAGACCUGACCAGGACUUUGGGAAACAGUAAGAACAAAGGUUGGGACUGAAAGGAAGGUGCUGAGGGCAUGUUUGGCACGUGAAUCCUGUCUGCUUCGCCAGGAUGUGCUUGGUUGUUUCAGCUGUGCAUUGGCAAAGGGAUUGCACAGGGAUUGCACUUAGGAUUACCGUGUUGCAUAUGAAAUAGCCAAUUUUUAUUACAAUGUACGAAUUGGCAAGGUGUGCAGAAUCCCUCCUCAUGAUGAGUAGUAUCUUCCACAGCAAUAUGGCAUAAGAGAGAAAUUCUAGCCUAGUUAAACACACGCUUAGCAAAUCCACUCUCUGCUGCAUUUUGUAUUGCAGUCUCACCAGUUUUGGAAAAUCCCUGUGAGCUCUCCAGAUCUUGUACUUAAUGGACUUAUAAAUACAUAGUUCUGAAAAGGGUUGUGCAGCUUUAAACUGAUGCUUUCCCCAAAUCCCCAAAUCCAUUUGUCCAGUGCAUACAAAAAUUAUGUUCUUUCAAGGCAUUGGGACUUUCACGUCUUGGUAUGCACCUUAAUGAUUUUCUUGACUUGCACAAGAAUGCCAAAUGGUAAAUCACAUUAAUUAUGCCUUUUGCAACCGUUUUUCCUUAUUUUGAGGAAAGAUCAUAAGUAGCUUGAUAAUCUCACCCUGCUUUCCAGAGUUCCCAUCAGUGUAGAUGAUGUAGGGGAGAAAUUAAAUUCCAUGUUCGUAGCUUGUCAUUUUGGGGGGGGUCAGGGCAAGGGGAAGGGGGAGGCCAGACAGCGGGUCAUACAAAUGAAUUUGCCUUAAGAAUGGUGGUCACUUGAAACCCGAUCGGUAUAAAACGUGUAAAUAGUUUGCAAAGUUAUUUAUAUAUUCAAUGUCCAACAAUAGUCUGGUAACCUGAAUUUGUAGUGUAUAUAAAGAUGUUGUACACCA